GGUAAAAGACUUGGCUGAAGAUUAGUGUUGUACGCCUCUCCUCUCAGAAAGGGGCAGUGGCUGAUGAAUAAUAAAUACCCUGGAUCCGCCCAUUUAAUGUUUAUUGAUCAGCUCUCCAGCAGGCCUAUCUGACAACAGUCAGAUUCAGUCUGGAUAUGGCGUCGCUGCAUCGACACAGGAUGAAUGUUCACCUCUUCGUGGGAAUUUGCCAGUCGCGUACCGGGACGGCACUUCUUUUUUUUUGUAGCUGUUAAAAGGGGAUCAUAAAUGGCGAUGGAAGACGAGGAUAACAAUACAGCGGUCGUGGCGACUAACACCCAGACGGGCAUCAAGAAGGGAGGUGAUGUCGGAGAUAACGGGGCUUGCAUAGACAGGCAGCCGGACACGGUGAUCCACCAAGCGGGGCUGAAUGAGACUGCAGUUCGCGGCAGCCGCAGUGGUCCGGGAGCUCAUGCUGCAACGGGGAUCCGAGUGCUAAAGCAGCGCAACAUGAAGCGGAAUGGGAGUCGUGGCUGUAUGACAAGAAAAACCAGAUUUGGAUCCAGAGAGCGGGACUGGCUAAAGGGGGACACCCAGCGGGGCUGUGUGUGUCUCUAUGUGGGGACAGUGGACCCCCAGCCACCUGUCUCUGGCCCACAGGCCUCCUCCACCCCUCAGACAGACCUUCAGUUGGUGCUCUGCUCCACCAGUACCACAGUGGAGGAGCUGUGUGCUCAGAGGGACGGACAGGGACUCUAUGUCCAGCUUCAUGGAGACCUAGUCAGGAGGCUGGACCCCUCUGAGCGUCCACUCCAGAUGGUGUAUGACUACCUGGCAGCUAUGGGCUACGCAGACCCUGGACGAGUGCAGCAAGAAGCAGCCAACUCGGACCUCAGCUGUUUGAUCCGUUUCUACAGCGAGCGUCCAGUGAAUGCAGACCAGCAGGAGCGGACCCUGCUGAAAGGCGUAUUCAGCGUCAGGAAGGGCAAGUCGCAGCUGCACAAGUGGGCGGAGCGGCAGGUCAUCCUCUGUGGCACCUGUCUAAUCGUGGCCUCCGUCAAAGACAGCCUGACUGGGAAGAUGCACAUCCUGCCCCUGGUGGGGGGGAAGGUGGAAGAGGUGAAGCGAAGGCAACACUGUCUGAUGUUCAGCUCAGCCGGAUCACAGGCCCAGACAUACUUUGUCAACUUUGACACGCUCGCAGACUACCAGCGAUGGCAUCGGCAGGCAUCAAAAGUGGUGUCUCAGACAGUCAGCCUGGUGGACCUGUCCUGCUACAGUCUGGAAGCGGUGCCUGAAUAUCUAUUUUACAGUCAGGAUAUCACCCACCUCAACCUGCGACAUAACUUCAUGAGCCUCCAGGGGCCUGGGGGCCUGCUCAACCUCCCCAGGUUUUCUCAGCUGAAAAGCCUGAACUUGUCUCACAACCGUCUGGGUGUGUUCCCUGAAUGUGUGUGUGAGAUCUUCACCCUGACUGAACUCAACCUCUCCUGUAAUAGUCUCCACACCGUCCCUGUACAGAUAGGCAACCUUCAAAGCUUGCAGACGCUGUCUUUGGAUGGAAACCACCUCAGCUCCGUGCCUGAAGAGCUGGGUGGUCUGUCCCAGCUCAACAGCCUAGGGCUCUCCUUCAACAACUUCUCUCACAUCCCUGCAGUGCUGGAGAGAUUGAGUGCAGUGGACAAGCUGGCCAUGGCUGGGAACAGAAUGGAGAGUCUGGAGUUGUGUACUCUGGCCAGAAUGAGCCACCUGAAAAACAUUGACCUCCGAUUGAAUGGGCUGCACUGGGUAAAAAGUAAGAAUCUAGAGGCAGUGAGCCAGGUGACGCAGCUGGACUUACGGGACAAUCGCUUGGACUCACUAGACCUGAGCUCCGUCUGCAACCUGGAGACUCUGCACUGUCAGCGCAACCAGCUGGGGACACUCACGCUCAGCGGUUUCACACUGCGCAUGCUUCAUGCCAGCAGCAACCGCCUUACAACAGUCAACAUCUAUCCAGUCCCUAACCAGCUGACACACAUGGACCUAUCACAGAACCUUUUGGAGUACCUUCCGGACUGGGUGUGUGACUGCAGAAAAAUUGAGAUGCUGGACGUCACGCACAACCUCUUGUCUGAGCUUCCGUCCAGACUGCUCAACAGCUUGAGUUUGAGAAAGCUGCUGGCGGGGAACAAUCGUUUGCAGAGAGUGCCUGACCUACUUGACCACAUCCCUCUGGAAGCCCUAGACCUCCAGCACAACAAGCUAGCCGAGCUCCCUGAGAGUCUGUUUUACAAGGCCUUAAACCUAAAAUACUUAAAUGUGUCAGCCAAUGCCCUGGAAAGUAUUCCUCCCAGCAGCCCAUCAGAGGAGAGCCUCAGCACAGUCCAGGAGCUCUACUUGACGCGGAACAACCUGAAUGAGAAUUGCGGAGCUCUUUUGGUUGGACACCAGAACCUGCGGGUCCUUCACAUCGCCUACAACCAGUUGCUCUCCUUCCCUGCCAGUAAGCUGAGUAAGCUGGAAAUGCUGGAGGAGCUAAAUCUAAGUGGCAACAAGCUAAAGACGAUCCCCUCCACUGUGUCCAGCUGUAAGAGACUGCACACCCUCAUAGCACACUCCAACCACAUUACUGUCUUCCCAGAGAUCCUCAACCUCCCUGAGAUCAAGCUUGUAGAUCUAAGCUGUAAUGAGCUGACUGAGAUCCUGCUGCCUGACUCGCUACCUGCCACUCUGCAAGAGCUGGACCUGACUGGCAACAGCAGCCUGAUGCUGGAACACAAAACCCUCAACCUCUUCAGUCACAUCACCACCCUGAAAUUAGACCAGAAGUCCACCACGACAGCAGGAGACUCACUGAGUGCCUCCACUCCAUGGAACCACGGUUACUCUGAAAUGAGCGGCCAAAGGAACAAGUUGUGUGUGUCGGUGCUGGCUGUAGACCGGUUUGGAGACAGCGUGGAAGCAUGUUAUGGCAUCUUUGAUGGAGACCGCAAUGAGGAAGUGCCACGGCUGCUGCAGUGCACCAUGGGAGAUGUGCUGUGCGAGGAACUGCAGCACUCCAGUAUUGACAGUGUGUAUAUGUGCAACACGUUCCUCACUUCACACAGGAAAUUAGGUAUGGCUGGCCAGAAACUGGGUGCUUCUGCCUUGCUGUGUUAUAUUCACCAUGAGCCUUCAGAUCCAGGAGGCUACUUCAGCCUCACUGUGGCCAAUGUGGGCACCUGCCAGGCAGUGUUGUGCCGGGACGGCCGACCUGUACCUCUCUCUAAAGUUUACAGCUUGGAGAACUGCACUGAGGAGAUGGAGCGAGUUAAACUCAGUAAAGCUAUUAUUACUGAGGAUAACAAAGUGAGUGGAGUGACAUGCUGCUCCCGCCUGCUGGGCUGCUCUUAUCUGUCUCCCUCUGUACUUCCAAAGCCCUGGGUGCACACUGAGCCACUCUGUUCUCGGGAUGAGUUCUUGAUCCUUGGGAAUCGAGCGCUGUUUGAACGUGUCUCCUACCAAGAGGCAGUGUGCACUGUGCAGGCCGUGCGGGAUCCUCGCGCUGCUGCCAAGAAGCUGUGUUCACUCGCCCAAAGUUAUGGUUGUAAGGACAACAUCGAGGCUGUGGUGGUGGCCCUGCAUAUAGGUGAGGACAGCUGUACCUGUGAGCCACCAGUCUCCACCACUGAACCAAGGGGUCCCCCUCCCACCCCUGUGCCUGUUACCGUGACCCCCGGCCCAAGUGACCAAGCCACCCUUUCAUCCAGCAGUGGUAUUGUCUCUGAGUUCAACAGCGAGGCGUCGGCCUCAGAGGUGGGCAGCGAGGCGGGGUCCACCGCUUCAGACGAGCACCCGUCCUCUGGCCAUGCAUCCCGCCCAGAGAGAAGGUGUAGCCUACACCCUGCUACUACACUGUGUGGGAUCAUGGUGCCGGUCUCAGCUGUGGCAGGAACCCAUCCAGGCCUGUUCCAGCGGCAGCCCUCUUGUGCUACGUUCUCGAGUAACCAGUCUGACAACGGCUUGGACAGUGAUGAUGAAGCUCCACUUGAGGGUGUUAUCUCCAAUGGCAGCAAGUUAGAAGUGGAGGUAGAUAUUCACUGCUGUGCUUUUCAACUACGGUCAGGGGCCCCUGAGAGCCCCAAAGAUAUGGACUUUGAAAAGCGAGGCUCUGAUUAUCCCAAUGGCAAAAUGCGCAGACAGAACAGUGUGGUGGUUUCUGCUACAAACGGCUGCCUGCUGGCUGUGUGUGGGAGAGAGAUUGCUGACCUGAAGAAGUCUCCUUCCACAUCCAGCCUGUUUGGGAAGAAGUUGUCCAAUGGCUCUGUGGUAGCCCCUGAGGACAGUCACAAUCUCAUUGAGGUGGCAUUGGAGGCCCCUAAGAAGAAGUCUGGCUACUUCACCGCCCCAGCACAGCAGGACCCCGAGGACCAGCUCAUUGUGCCUCCUAGUCUGGAGCAGGAAGUCAGGGAGCAGCUAAGAGGCCAGAGCCCCCUAGUCUCAGGCCCCUCCUUACCAUCAAUACCCCCUUCCUUAAAAGACCCUGUGUGGGAUCAUCCACACCCCCCAGCAUUUGCCUCCAAACUGAUCCCAGGUCCAGGCCCUGUUCCCAUCCUACAGCAGGAAGUCUACGAUACCGCCCUCUAGAGGGGGGACACAGCACAGCGCCAUGUGACUGCAAUUUCUGUGAUUGUGCCAUUCUAGGAAAGAAGAGGAGAUUUUUCUGACACGUGGGAUAUUCCAACUCAAGUUGCCAUUCUCAUCUUUUGUGAGAACAAGACAAACCUGUGGACCUUGAUAGUCACUAAGUGAUGCUGCGGCAUUACAUUGAGGUAAAAAAAAUGGUUUCUGUGCAUGGUCUGAAUAUCCAAGAAAUUAGGGGCGACCAAGAUCGCACUUCAUAACAUGACAUUGUAAAAAGGAUGGCUGGCUAUCAUCGACCAAAACAAGCCUAUCUAGAAAUGGGAUACCUCAUGUUUAAACAUGUCAGCAACAUUUCCCUUUAAUUGGAAAGCAAGAAAUCUUGAGGGUGCGUGCAAGAAAGUGUUCAGUGAGAUCAAAUCUCCUCUUCAGGGGCUCCAUGGUCUCUCAGGUCCUGGAGAGAAGCCCUGUGACUGAAACUUGAAAAAGUGCCUACUGCAGACAACUCAGCCUUGAGCUCCCCCACAUAUAGGCUGUGUUUGGAGAUGUGAGCUUGUUAGUUAAAUCUGGAGGAGGGACAGUGUCUCUAAGAGACCAGCAUUGGCACAGCGUCUGCUCUCCUCCUCUUCCUGUGGCUUACGAAGGAAAUCAGACAGUAUAAAUGCUUGUAAGACACACAGGACUAGAAGAUUUGAAGACAAACUAACUGCAUUUACAUUGCCAGAAACAUUAUAGUUGGGUUUUAUUUUUAACAUUCCCACACAAUAUAUAUGGAGUCUUCUAUAUAGGCUAAAUUAAUUCUAUACAGUAUAGUACACACUCACAACAAGCAGCCAACCGACAUGGUGAGCUUCAGCUGCUGAAAUCAAGAUUGAAGAGUGUUGCUAUUUAGAGCAAUGCAUUUUGAAUAGCUGUCAAAAACAAUAUUAGUCAUUUAACUGUACAGAGCGGGUGUGUUGUAGAAUUCAGAAAUACAUAUAACGGUCCAUGAUCAAAUGAUCUCCUUAAAAAUUACGUAGGAAAAUAAAAAUUUAAUUUAAAUUCAAAAUUCAGUUUUAUGGUCAAUGCAAAGUGGACUGGAGGCACCAGGAUGUUCCGAUAUCAUUGUCAUUUGAACAAACCAGUAAAGGCACAAAAGUGAAUUCAUCAUACGGUGUACUGUCAAGAAAUGAAGGAUAGAUACAGUAUUUGUAUGUACUGUAUGUUAUGAAAUACCUCCACUGGUACUAAGAACGUAUAUUUUAGUAUGUCCAAACUUUGGAGGCUGCUAAUUUGUAAACAUCCAUUCAUGUCCCUGCAGGCAUAUUCAGUUAUUGACAUCUUUUACAUCUUAGCAAAUAUUUUUUCAGCUCUCUAGUGCACUACCCACACAUCCAGAUGGUUUUCAGGGUGUGUUGUUUUGGCCCAGUAUAAACACAACCGAAAUCCUAUUUUCUGGUCUGUUUACACAAGAUGUCACAAAGUUUUGGGGCAGAAGCCACAGUUCUAUAAGUACGCGCAGAAAUUUGGGACAUAGAAACAAAUUAUGUCUUGCUAUAAUUUGAUAUAGUUCUCUUUUUCAACACAUAUUGCCUACAUGCUAUAUCCUGAUCAGGGGGCAAUGCUUCUUUAGAAUUUGGCUCACACAGUUAAUAUAAAAUAUUACUAUCAGUGCAGCAGCAGUAUAUGUACUGCAAUAAUUUUCCCCCAUUAAGUCACAUACAGUGCUUCAGCAGUUACUAUCAUCCGUUCAUUUGUAGAAUCAAAUCAUAUUUAUCUCAGCUGAAAGUACGUUUUCAAAAAUGACAUCAUUUUUUGAAUUAUCAGGUAAAUAUUAUGCAGCCCUGGAAGCCUCAGUUUGCCCAUUCCCGAACCUUUCCACCUUGUGCCAAAAGAGAAAGCAGCUCUGCUGGUGUUGCUGUGGUUUCUAAGAAGGCCAAAGUUGGGUAAUUGCUCAUAUCAGUGAUUACUACAGUAGAUGUAUAUUUUUGGUUGCCACUCCAAGUUGGUAGUGGUGCAGUUCUGCCAUUCCACAGCUGUUGCAUAGCUGGACCUUUCAGUGUUCCCUUUUAGCCUUAAAGUAACACUACACAGUAUUUUUGAAAGGAGAGGCCCUUUGUUUCAUCCCACUCAUGUUCUCUUUGUGACUGAGGUCUAUAGCUCUGGGGGUGUUGUUUAUCACAGCAGCCCCUCUAUCCUUUCUCUGCUCCACAGGAAUGAGUGAUAAGUCAGUGGUGAAGCCUUAAUUGACGUGUGAGUCUGAAUCCUUUCUUGUUAUUUGCAAGUUUUUGUCUCUUGAAAGAAAUAAACACUGUUAAAAGCACUUUGUACAUAGAAAAUAGUGAUAUUCAGAGUUAUGUAUAUUUGAGUUUAAUAUAUGAGAUACUGAUCAAUUUAGUCAGCUGGGAUUAUUGCAGCUUCCCUCAGCCUAACAUACCACCUCUUGUCGAAGAAUACAUAGCAAACAGAAAUUAUGACAAAUGUAAAAUGACAUAAUGACUAUUCAUUUACCACAAUUACUUAUGUGUUUUUAAUAUGACAAACAUUUCUUAUUUAAAUUUUUUUUGCUUUCAAUUAAAUCCGAAGUUUUCAGAAUGUCUUGACUGAUAUUUAGAUUUUCAACAUCAGUACCACAAACGGCAUAAUAUACUUCUUAACUAACACUAGCUGCCAACAUUACUCUCACUCUAUAAAAAUAUAACUUAUUGGGCCCCCUUCGGGCAGAAAAUUAGACAAUAGUUAUUGUGUUUUCCAUUAUUUAUAUGCAAUAUUUGGUUGAAACAUUGAUUGAUUGAUUCCUAACUGUCUGGCACACCUGAAAAGGAUUUUUGAAAUCCCUCAAUAAUAAUGACAUGUAUUGAAAAGGGUAGAUAAGAGCUGAUAUUGUCCUUAUUAUUCCUUUUCAGAAUUCAGACACUGAUUUCAACUUAAGUUGAGGAUUUUUUUUAUAAAAUUAAGAAUGGGGUACCAUAUUUUAUGACGAGGCUAAGGAUAUGUGUCACUUUAUUGAUCAGACAUUGUGUUGUGUCCGAGAUGCCAAACAACCAGGGACUGGUUCUGACUGUGGCCAAAUCUCUACUGUCACAAUCCACACGGGGUGUCAGGCAACUGGACUGAUGGCAGUGAAACAUAGAUAGGCACUGCAGGUGUACUUGCCACAGAUUAUGAUUGUGAUUAACAUAGGUACACGUCUGAAACAAGUUGGAAGACUUAACUAUUAAGCAAGUUCGGAGAGGAGAAAUGAAAAGCGGUGGUGUUCACAACAGGUGUUCGGAAUUCGCUCAUACAAAUAUGCAAAGUGUCAACUAUAUAUACAUGCCUAUCAGAGCUUAAUUUUCACCUAAAACUAAAACAAUCAUAUUUCUCAACUUGUCUGAAAAUUAAUAUUGACUGAUGUAUGAUGUAUGUUAUUGGGAUUGUGCGCGCGUAUGUGUGUAAGUUGCAUUGCUCUUGUAUUAUUCUCUGAGUAUGUCCCUUCCUUUGGCUUAUUUGCAGUGUAAAUUUAUUUUGGUCCCACUGCAUUGCGCUGCUACAUUUAGUGCUCUUCAGAACCACCUUGGUCAGUCUUUUUAUACAGAUGUACACUCAUCGCACAUGUCAUUCUGUUCGUCUCCUGGUUGGUGCCAUAUAUUCACCUCUUGUCCUGUCAAAUAUACAUUUCCAAUAUAAAGAAUAUUUGAAUAAUGGUCCAUCCGUAGACUAAUCGGUGUGCAUGUACAUAUGCCGACGUUAUGCGCAGAUACAGGUGGGAGCACAGGGUACAGUGAGUUGACUUAAAAUAUUCCCUUUAAUUCUUUAGUGGAGGGGUUCCAAUAGUAUAAUGCUUAUAAUCCCCUUUGUGCACCGAAAAUAGAGGGUAUGUGCAUUUGAGUAGGCUACACUGUCAGGGUUUUUGUUUCAAACUGCUGACUCAUUUAUUAACUGUAAGGGAUCAUUUCCUCUCUGCACAACUUAACAAGCUCCCUGUACAACUGUGUUGCAAAAUGUCUGUGUUUGUGCGUGUAUGUAAAAUGAAGCUUAAGUGCACACGUACAGUAAGUGUAUGCAUGCCUGUGUGAAUAAUGGAUUGACUGUCAUUCUGCGUGAUUAUGGUGAAUGAAUCUGAUGGAAGAUGCUCCAGUUGUUUAACAUGUGACCAAAGUAGCCAUUGUUUAAUCUCACAAUUCCUUUCUGUACAUUAUUUUCUAGAAAUGCUUGAAUAUUUUUUUCUCGAUGCCAAGAAGCUGAUGUUUAUUUUUGUACUUCAUUGUUUCACGCAAAUUUAUAUUUCCCUCUCCAUUUACUAAAUUUAAGUGAUUGGGAUUCUACAGAACACUCAUUAUGGUACUUUAUUUGAAGGUACUGUUAUAACUAGUUAAUGUUGAAAGCAUGCCCUAAAUAUAAAUCAACAUAAAAGCAUAGAGUACAUACAAAAUGUGAUUUAUUUGUACAAAAUGGAGCAUAUCUAACAUUUUUAAGUUUAUAUUCUAGCAUGCAGAUUACUGCUAAAAUUUUGUUUUAUGUUUAACAAUUAAAAGAUUUAUUAUUUAGGAAUAGGACUAACAAUGAGCACUUUUGCUGUGUAUCAGACAGAAUCGUACUCCCUUGAACUUUUGAGAGUGGAAGAUGGUCGUUAUUUUAUUUGAAAUGCUGCUAUCAUUAGUUUUGAGCAGACAAGCUGUUUUUAAAUUAACUUUAAGCCAAGUAGCAAUAAAACUUUUUACUGUGAA